AGAACUGUUCUGGUUCUGGGAGCAAGUUAUGGUGGACAUCAUGCAGCGCAGGUGUUGGUAACUCAAUUGCCACAGAACUGGCGUGUGGUGGUGAUAGAACGUAAUACACACUACAAUCACUUGUAUGCAUUCCCGCGAGUUUCAGUCGUUCCGGGUCAUGAAGAAAAGGUGUUUAUCCCCUACACAAAGCUCUUCCAACCGCCUUCAGAACGUGUCACAAGUUCAAAUAAUGAGCUCAUUCAUGGCGUAUUGAAAUCUUUGGGACAUCGCGAGUCAGAACAAUCGGAAGGAAGAGGAGUAGCAAGGUAUAUACCUAUUGAUGAAACUUACAAUCCAAACUCUCAUGAACAAUCACAAAUUCGCACGAUUGCAUUUGAUUACAUGAUCUUUGCUUUGGGUAGCAUUUUGCCUGCUCCGAUCAAUACAUGGUCUGUACCUUCUGGAAAGUUGGAUGAUGAAGCCAGUAAAAUUCUUCAAAACGGCAAAGCAGGAUUCUGGGGAGGAAAACAAAGAGGUGUGAAAUGGUUAAGGGAAACACAAGAUCGUAUUGCUGCUGCUGAAUCGAUUCUCAUAAUAGGUGGAGGUGCUUUGGGAGUGCAGUAUGCUUCGGAUAUCGCUUGGAUGUAUGGAACUGCCACAUCUUCACCCAAAAAGAUCACAGAGAACAUCGAAUCACUUUUGCCACGAUUUCAGGAUUGGAUGCACGAAAAUGCAACUGCCGAACUGGAAAAGCUGGGAGUGGAAAUUCAUACUGGGGCAAGAGCUGAUCUCUCUACUUUAGAUGAGACACCAAACGGAAAGAAGCGGGUUAUCAAAACCACUACAGGAAAGGAGAUCGACGCUGAUCUGGUUCUGUUUUGUACCGGACAGAGGCCCAAUACGGACUUCCUUGCCGGCUUUGCUACAGAGACAGGUAAAGAGCCCUCAAAUCCAUUCAUCAACCCUUCAAAUGGAUCAGCAUAUGUGACGCCCACUUUACAGCUCACACUGGCUGACAGGAAGCCAAACCCGGAAUUGCAACACAUCUUUGUGAUCGGAGAUGCUGCUGAUGCAUAUGGAGCAUUGAAUGCAGGCCAUACUGCAUUCUCACAAGGGCACGUAGCAGCUGAGAACAUUGCCAAGCUUGUAUACGAUCAAGAAAUACCUGGAUUUCCUCAACCUUUACAAGCAUACGAAGUUGAAUCACACAAGAUUAAAGUUUCGGUUGGAUUAGAUCGUGCUAUAAAUGAAAAUACGGGAAAUCAUAAAGUUAUAGAAGGUGGCAAAGUAGAUCUCAAUACGCCUGGCAUGUGGACAAGAAGAGGCUUGGAUGUUUCUGAUCUU